UGAAAAUGAUCGAUCGCUACGAGUUCGAGUCGAAAAUUUGUCAGCUUAGCAUGCAUCCAGCGAUUUAGGUUAUACACAAAAUUCUAACUUUCUAACAACUGUUAUCACGAAAUUUUCUUUAUUGAAUUAAUUUCUACUUGACAUUCAUCAACAUCUGGGAUUCUACAAAGAACGAGAGUUUUACUAUUUUGUGAGAAAGUGGAAUUUGAUGAUACAAAGACUUCUGCGGGAAAGAGAGUGUAAAGGAACAGAAAUCAACAGAAAUGGCGUCGGUGGGGAUUAUUCUAUGCAUGUUAGCGUGUUUAGCCGGUGUGUACGGUACUCAAGAUGAAUACAGAUUAUUAAACGACAAAUUUUCCAACUACAGCAACAUCAUCAGACCUGUAGCUAAAUCAUCAGACCCCAUAGAUGUUUUAAUCGGAGCAGCCAUACAACAGAUCAUUGAUAUGGAUGAGAAAAAUCAAGUCAUCACUCUUAACCUAUGGAUGCGCAUGCAAUGGUCAGACAGUAAUCUGGUAUGGGAUCCCGCCGACUAUGGUAACACAUCUGUAUUGAUAGUACCUAUUGGUACUAUAUGGAGACCAGAUAUUGUUCUAUUUUCCAAUGCCGACAGUGGCUUCAGCGGGAUGAUGCAAACCAGUGCCUCCAUUUCUCACGAUGGCAUCGUCCGUUGGAACGCCCCAGCCAUCUACCAAAGCACCUGCAAAAUAGACAUCACCUACUUCCCUUUCGAUGAGCAGCACUGCCGAUUAAAGUUUGGAUCCUGGGCUUAUCAUGGGUUUCAGAUUGAUCUUAAGAAUCGGUCCGACAGCGGCGACAUCUCUGCCUACAUCGACAAUGGCGAGUGGACACUCGUCGGUAUGCCCGUCAAGAGGAACCUCUUCUUCUACGGUUGCUGUCCAGAACCUUUUCCUGAUGUUGAGUUCACCGUCAUUAUUCGCAGAAGGGCCCUUUUCUAUUUCAUCAACCUUCUCGGACCUUGUGUUCUGAUCUCAUUGAUCACCGUGUUGGAUUUCUUCAUGCCUGCCGACGCGGGAGAAAAGGUCACCCUCGGGAUCACCAUUCUCCUGGCACUCACCGUCUUCUUGUUGCUGGUAGCUGAAACGAUGCCGCCCACGUCAGAGGUUGUCCCGUUGAUAGCUCAAUAUUACGCAUGUACCAUCGUGUUGGUAUCCCUUUCUACUGUGAUGACAGUGUACGUUCUGAGUCUCCAUUAUCGACUUCCGGGAACUCAUCGGGUGCCACGAGGUAUGAAGAAAUUCACCUUCAGUUUCUUAGCGCGCAUGUUGUGCAUGGGAAGCUUCAUUGUCAACAUGGGUGAUGACGACAACGAUGACGAGAUACGGCAGAACAAGCCACACGCUGGCGUCUAUGAGAAUACCUUUCUUACCAACCUGAAUGGGGUAGCCAUCAUGGAUGACUCGGAGAAGAAAUCGUCGGAGGAUUCGUCGGUAGUGUCCAAGAGGUUCGAAUCGAUGACCCAUGAUAUAAUGACCAAUCUGAAGUACAUCGUCAAGAAGAAGAAGGAAGAGGACGCCGAGGAAGAUGUCAUGACCGAGUGGAAGUAUGUCGCAGUCGUGUUUGAUCGUCUUUUUAUGUGGGUGUUUACGCUUGCCACCGUUAUCUGCACCGUUGCCAUCUUAUGCCAGCCAAAACCUUUUACAACAUCCAACGAAAUCUAAAGACCAUUUACGGAGCUAUCUUCUGCAUAAUGUUCUAGUAAGGCAGAAAUGAC